GGAAUUAAAGGGCCAAGUGAGUUGCUCAAACUAAAAACAAUCUUAUUUCCAUGGUCUUUUCCAACAGACAUUAUGCAUUUAUUUUUCGAAAAUAUGGCCCUACAAAUGUAUGCGCAUUGGACUGGUAAAUUUUUCAAUAAUAUCCCAAUGUCUAAUGAUUAUGAAUUAUCAAAAUCACAAUAG